AUGCCCCUAAAUUACCUCCUAACCGGCAGCACGGGCGGCCUCGGCUCCCUCAUCCUGGACUACUUCACCACGCACUUUCCCCCAACCCAAGAAUCAUCCACAACAAACAGCAUCACCUACGCCGCCGCCUCCUCCAACCCAUCCAACUCCCAUCGCUUCACUUCAAAAGGCAUCCCCUUCCGCACAGUCAACUACGACGACCCGGAGACGCUAGACGUUGCUUUCAAAGACGUAGAGAAUCUUUUCUUCGUGAGCACGAAUACAUUCGACGUCGAGAAGCGCAGACGACAGCAUUUGAAUGUGGUUGAGGCGGCGAAGAGGAAUGGUGUUAAGCAUGUAUGGUACACCUCUCUCGCCUUCGGAGGCCUGGGAUCGAAUUCCAAGGCCGCGGUGCAGCAGGCGCAUUAUAUGACGGAGGAUAUGUUGAGAGAGUCUGGAAUUAAUUACACCUCCAUUCGCGAAGGAAUCUACACUGAAGCAUUCCCUCUCUUCUUGAACUGGUAUCCCCAGUCAACGACUCUUUAUCUGCCCUCCGCGUCAGGGAAGAUCGCAUUCACGCUCCGGUCUGAACUGGCGGAAGCAACGGCUAAGUUGAUGUUGAAGGGCGGUCACGAUAAGGAGAUUGUGUUGUUGACUGCGUCGGAGCCUGUUUCUAUGCAGGAUAUAGUUGAGGUUAUCAAUGAGACGACUCAUCGGGAGGUCAAGAUUGAGAUCGUCGAUCCGGAGACAUAUGUACGGGUCAACGGGGAGAAUGAUAUCGGGGGCAAAGCGGAGGGAUUCUUCCGGCAGUUGGUGGGGUGGUUUGAGAGUAUUGAGAAUGGGGAGGCCGGCUUUACGGAUGGGUUGAUGGGGGAGGUGUUGGGGAGGGAGCCGGUGACGCCGAGGGAGGCGAUUAGGGGGUUAUUGGAGAAGGAGAGGGAUUAUACGUGGCAUCAGAAUUAUAGCAAGUAA